AUAUUUAUAACUAUCGUUGUAGUUAACACAAAGAAAGGCUGUUGUUUCAGGUAAUAAAUCUUUUUUUAUACUGUCAGAUAGUAUUUUUAGUACGUUCAUUUUGCACCAAGAAUUGAUAUAGAACACUUUUAAAGUUUGGUCUAUUACAUAUCUUUUCAUUCUUGACGAUAAGUCACGUAAUGUUCAAUAGUUGUUCGUUAGCCGUAUUUGGAAAUUAGACACAAUACAACUCGGUAGUUGUUCACCGAAUUCUCCGAAAAUGGCCUUAAAAAGAAGUAAAAGAGAAAUUGCUGUUUUUUUAACAAACAUCUCGACCCUAUCAGUAGGAAUGAUAUUACUCUGUGUUGCUUUCGGAACCGAUCAUUGGUUUACAGCCGACUUAAGGGAUAAAAAUUACACAUCAACAGACGAGUAUUAUGGUUCGAUGUAUUGUGGAAUAUUCGAAGGUGAAAUGUUUCGAAAGACAGAACACUUGGGUGAUCGCCAAACUAAACUCGAUGUUAGAGAUUUUAUUUCAAGGAAUCAAUUAAGAAGACCAUACUGGGCAGCAACUAUUUCCUUCUUGUCAGUUACUCUUGUUGUUUCUUGCGUCACAGUUGGAUUAGUGUUUUUGAAUAUUGCUACAAAACCAGUUGAAACUUAUUUUGGUACUUUAGGUUUAAUAUUUUGGUUUGGUGUUUGCUUGUUAAGUUGUGUAUUAGCAAUGUCAUUUUGGGCAGCUUUCCAUCAUGUAGAAAUUAAAGAGAACAUUCUAAAUCAUCUAACCCCCCCAUGGGUUGUUCAAAAGUCAUACUUUGCUCUCAGUUUAGAUGUUUUACAAAGGAAAGAAGUUUAUUACCCUGAUUAUACCAUAUAUCAUAAUGUUUCGAAGAUAGCAGAGAAAAUGCAUCAUCUUUCGUUAGAAGGAAACCUAAUAAAACCCGUCCCAGGUUAUUUUUCAUUAGAUAAAAAAAGUCAACAAGUCUUUCACAUUACUGAACAUAAUUAUAAGUCAAACCGAAAGGUAAAUAUACUCUUGUCAUCUGGUGAACAUGCAAGAGAAUUUUUCCCUGUUGAAUAUACUAUGAGUAUGAUUGAACAACUUAUUCGGGAAAAGAAAUACCUGCUGAGAUAUGUGAAUUUAUUCGUAAUAGUCUUAUCUAAUCCUGAUGGGCGUGAAUUUGUUGAAAAAAAUAAAAAUUAUUGUUGGAGAGGCAAUAGACGUGGUGUUGAUCUCAAUAGAAAUUUUGAUUGGAAUUAUGGCGGUAUCGGAUCCUCUGAUAAUCCUAAAGAUGAAGAAUAUCGUGGCGAACAUAUACUAUCUGAACCAGAGGCACUUGUUUACCUAGAUUUAAUUAAUCAAAUCAACUUUGACUUUUUUAUCUCACUCCAUUCAGGAAUUCGACAAAUUUAUGUUCCAUUUUCAGAUACUUUUUCAAAAACUUUUAAUAGAAAACCAGGAAAUAUUGAAAGUAUGCUCGAUUUAGCAAAACAGCUCUCCCAGUCAACAAAGUACGAUUACAAAUAUGGCCAAGCGUAUAAUCUUAACUUUUAUACUGCCGAUGGAACUAUUUUCGAUUACAUGGCUGGAAAGAAAAAUAUACCGUUUUCAUUAGCUAUAGAACUAUGGGGAAAUGGCAUAGGUGAAUGUUUCGAUCUAUUUAAUCCUCCAAGUGGAAAACUUAAAGAAGAAAUUAAUGCCCUGAAACCACUGUUUUGGAAACUUGUUAAUUAUGCAAUAAAUUGGAAAAAGAAACAAUUAAAUUGA